GACAUCCGAAAGUAUGAGGGAUUCAAGUUGCCUUGCGCUGGAUAUAUUAUGGACGUUUCUGUCAGUCAGUCAGCCAUUGCCUGUUGAACUUACCAACUACAGACAGCUACAGAACAGACAUGUCUUAUCAAGGAUACCCAAAUCAACCUCCUUAUCCUCAACAAGGAUACCCAAACUACCCUCCAUACCCUCAGCAGCCAUAUGGAGCUCCGUCGCAAGGCUACUACCCCCCUCAAGAUCACUACGCACGGGGAUCGCCUUCUCCAGGCGGCUAUUACGGCCCUCCCAGACAAGGAUACCCUCAACCGCCUCAGCCGCCUCAGCCGCCUCAACCGUUUGGUAACCAAGGAUAUCCUCCUGGUCCAGGGCCUUCCGGACCAUACGGAUAUCCCGGACAACAAUAUGGACCUCUGCAACAACAAUACGGGCCUCCCCCCCCACAGCAGAUCGCCCUGCCUUCGCUAGGCUACAUCCCCGGGCGAGUUGCACCAGGGGAUUUCCGCCCACAGGCCGACGCCCUCCGCAAAGCGAUGAAGGGCUUCGGGACAGACGAAAAAGCGCUGAUCAGCACUCUCGCGCCGCUCGACCCGUUACAAGUAGCCGCCGUGCGGGCGACGUACUCGCAGCAUAUCCGGCGCGAUCUAUACCAAGACGUGAAAUCCGAGACGAGCGGACACUUCCGGCGCGGGUUAUUGGAGAUCCUCGAGGGACCGUUACAGCAGGACAUUGUAUCCGCGCGCGAGGCCGUGCAAGGGAUCGGCACCAAGGAAUGGCUGCUGAACGACGUGCUCCUGGGCCGGAGCAACGCAGACCUCCACGCCAUCAAGACCGGGUAUCAAGCGAAAUACGGCCGAUCGCUUCUUCGCGACGUAUCGGAUGAUCUCUCCUUCAAGACGCGCGAUCUCUUUGCCGCAGUACUCCAAGCUCAAAGACAUGAAGAGUACUUCAAUAAUAACAACCCCUCCCUUCCUCCUUCAGAGAUAGACCGCGAGGCACGCGCCAUCCACAACGCCACCUCAGGAAGGAUAGUGAAUGAUGUGUCAGAAGUGUGCGGCGUGUUCGCCCGCAGCUCGGACACCGAGCUACGCUCCAUCGCCCACUGCUUCCAUUCCCUCUACCAUACCAGUCUGGAGAAACAUGUCGAGAAACAGUUCUCGGGACACAUGCAGGAUGCCCUGCUGUACAUGCUCCGCACGGCGAUGGACCGGGCCCUCCGCGACGCGGACGGGUUGGAAGACUGCAUGCGUGGCAUGGGGACGCACGACGACAUGCUCGUCUCCCGCGUGGUCCGUGUGCAUUGGGACCGCCAGCAUUGCGAGCGGGUCAAGGCCGCGUAUCGCGCGAAAUAUAAGACUGACCUUGUUGAUAGAGUGAGGGGGGAGACCUCGGGUGAUUACCAGCGUUUACUUAUUGCUCUACUUACUUACUAGUACGGAGUACAUUUUUUGUAUACCUAGGUACUUAGUU